CAAGCUAUGGACCAAGUAAACUUGUAGUUUGUAGCAGAGAGCGUCCAUCUCCUGCUCGGACAGCUCCGGGGCUCCGAACAGCACUGUCCACAUGCCCGAGGGCUCUUCGGGGAAAGCAGGCCACGAUGAAGACGAACUUGUGCUUCUCCCGCUCCUGGAAGGCGUGAGGCCUCACGGCCACCCAGUCGGCCUCCAGCGUUUCCUCCAGGGCGAAGGCGGACAUGGCGCUGCGCGGCUUCCCACGCACCUCCCCCCCGCUGCCUGGUCCCGUCCCGUCCCGUCAGCCGCCCCCGCCUGCCCCGCCGCACGCCGGCCGGCAAAGACUCCCCGCAGCCCCGCCUCACCGCCCACCAUCAGCCAUCUUAGAGGCGGGAGGGGAAGGCGAAGGCGCUGAGGGGGGAAGAUGCGCUGGAUCCCCACCGGAGUCGCAAAGGCGACCGGGGGGGGGGGGGAGGUGGAGAGAGAGGACAGAGAGGAAUCACCUCCCCUCUGCUGGGAGCCCGCUUCCGAGGAGCCCCGCUGCCGCCAGUGCUUAUGGGCCCUCCGCCGCGGCGGACAAUGCCCGGUGGCCCCGCACAGGCUGUGGUGAGCUGAGUGAAGGGUUAACAGAGCUGAGAAGAUUACUUGUGAAAAGGAAGAAAUAACAAGUGAAAAGAAAAGCACACCUUAAAGGGAAAAA